UGGCCCUGAUGCGCGUUUUCAUUGGUCGCCUAUUGACUUUCAAAUCGCGUUUUAUUCAGAACAGAUCGUCAAGCCUAGUAUUCUUGAAUUUCACCACCAAGGCCACGUCUAAAAGAAGCUACUUCAAAAACCCCUCACGCUCUGCGCACGUUCUCAAUCCUCCAUCUCGUACUCGACGCGUCCUAAUCAACCAUCUAAACAAAAAAACUGCUGCAGCAAAGUGCGCCUUUUUACCUUCUCGGGAAAUAGUUACCCGGCGCGAAGAAUAAGGUUUGUUUACGCGACAACUCGUGGAUGUGUUGGCAUCUGGUUUGCUUAUAUCAAUAUCGCCUCCUCUUCAUCCUUCUCUUUCUUCAUCUGUUGUCUUCUGCUCUUUUGAUUUCUUGCUGGUGCUCUAAACGAGUUGCGAAGAUGGAGUCGGGUAAAUCUACAGAUAGAUCAGCGCGUCGCGUACAUACCAGAUCUACAUCGCCCGCCGCGCCUAUCUCAUCUAAACCCGUCCCGUCCAAGAAACAGACUUUUAAGAAAAACCCCUCCGAGAGCGACAGUUCGUUUCUCGAACUAAGUCAGACUACCGCGCAAAAAACAAAGAAGAGCAGCAGCAAGAAGAAAGAAGGGGAGACUGUUGUUCCCAGGCAAGGGUCGAAUCGCAUGCUGAGAUCGUCUUCGGCUGUGGGUGAGCAUCUCGCGCCACUUGUUGUGCCGAGGUCUAGUCCGCCACCCUUGCACAGAGAUUUGGUGCUGGAAAAGCACGCGGCGGAGAAUGACGCAGUGGAGAAGGAUACAGUGGAGAGGGACGCGGACGGAUCAGGGAUCGAUGCGUCAACGUCCGCCAAACCGUUUGAGAAACCCGCACGCAGGCCUAUGAAAGAGACGACUGAUCUGAAUACAAAGAAACGCAAAGCGGCUGAAGAUUCAUCGAAAUCAAAACCAGGAAGCUCGACUAGCAAAUCAGGUCUGUCGAAAAAGUCACGGAGCUCUAAAAAGACGACGACGACGACGACGCAAGAUUUCUUGCUCAAUAUUGAAAACGUGACAUCCUCACGUCUCACGAUGCCCCGCAAGGUUUCAGGUGGCAUAUUCAGAAGAAGUCGUUCUGGGACAUCGGAUAGCGCUCUUGGUGGUACCUCAACAUUACUCCCCAACUCUGACUGCUUCCAAGCUAAAAUAACUCUCUUAACAGUAGGCGACCUCAAAUUCUCAAAAAUCGACAGUCUGGCUCAAACACCGGUUUCAAGGUCAUCUACCUCGAAAUUGCCAGCUCCUGCGAUCACCGCUCCGGAUCCUGUGCCGGCGCCUGUGUUUAAAACUGAGCCCGAGGCCGAAUUUAAAGAGGAACUGCUGCGUCCGUCUACUGUUUCUGUUUUUGAACCAGUGCAAGAGCAUGCACCGCCGUCGUCUCCUGUCAUUAAAUCCGAGCAGCGACUGCAACCUGUUUCUGUACCUACCGUUCAUCGCGAAGUUCCAGCGCGGGAGGAAGUUCCAACGAGAGAGCGCGAGGGGAUUUCACAAUCUCUUGCAGAGAUCCUCGAUACAGCAAAGAAAUGUAUAAUGUCCCCCGCCUCCUCGCCACGAUGGCAGCCAGUCAAUCGUCCUCAAUACGAAAACAGAGUCUCUGAAGAGCGCCAGGCCGAAGAAGCUCCUGAGUUUUACGACGAGUACAGUAAUGACGUACUGUCUACUCCCGACUAUGGGCGGCAGGACAGGUCGAGCAGUCAUUUGGUAACUUACAGUCCGGCGGAAGUAUCUCUGCCUCUUCUCGAGGAGUUCUGGGAUAAGAGCCUAACCAGGUACCAGCCAGAUCACCCACGCCACCACCGUCCUCAGCAGCAGUACUUCUACCAACCCCUACCAGACUUUGGCUACUACGGCUCCGACAGCGAUCAAUUCGCCAUGACGCUCGCGCCAGGAACCCCGCGGCUCGCAGCCGACCCGGUCAUGGACGCUGCUAACUCUAGCUAUCUGUAUAGCGACGGCGUGUACGGGAACCAAGAGCAAUCCAUAGCCUCGCUCGAACGGGACCUGGGUUUGGCGCCGCCGAUACCUACGGGUGAGGUUUAUGUGCCGCAUAUCUCACCGUCGGAGGUUAUCGAGGGUCCUCCUAAAAUGCGGCGUCAUCGACUAUCCUAACUGUUUUUUCUUAUUUUCUCUUCUAUUCUGUUUGCUUCUUCU